AAGCUAAUUUUAAACUAUCGAAUUAUUAAGGUACGGAAAAAGUCAAUUUAGUGAAGGUAAUUGAUAAAACUAUAUCGUUUUAUUCUUCUCCAGAAACAUUGACAGACUGUGUAUUAGCUGAGCGUCUCGGCUCAACGGUGAUAACAUGUCCAAGACUGUUCGAAAUACAUCAAUUGUCAGAGACGGAAUUGUUGCUUACUAAAGUAACUGAAAACUUUACAAAAGCUGUUGGCUUAGAUCGUAAGUUACAAAAUAAUGCAAAAUUAGAACAAUGUAGCCGAUCACAAUCCAGAAAUGGCAAAGAAAUAAAUGAAAUCGAAGAAAGACCAAAAUGUGAACUGAUAUGUGAAACGUUUCAUUAA